AUGUGGCAUGCAAGGCCGUUUAUAUUCAUCAGGUGUGAUAAGGUUGAUGAAAAUGACUCGAAUGACGGCGAUGAUGAUGAUGAUGAUGAUGAUGAUGAUGAUGAUGAUGAUGAUGAUGUGAGUUUGAGCAGGGUCACCAUUUCUUACGCGUCAUUCUGUCAGGCUGUUCGUCACACAUCUGAUCGACAAACGGCACGCAAGCACCUGACACAAUGA